CGGGCGGGUCCCGGGGCCGCCGUUGGCGCCCGCGAGAGCGUGGAGUCACCGGCGCGCCCUCCCCGCCGCCGAUCCGGCACCGCGCCGCCGACUGCCCGGCCUCGCAAGGAAGGACGCCCACGGCAGGGCGGCCUCGGACACCCGCGGAGGCCAAGGACCCGGGGAGGAGGAUGCGCGCGAACGGAUGCAGCCCGAGACUAUAUUUUCUGUAAGUCCUGAUCAAGCAAUACAAAUGUGCUGCAAUGGUGACAUAAACUAUUGAAUGAGACUGGGAAAGCAGCUGAAACACCAUCUUUUCAUUGACCUAUUUAUGGUGCGUCUAUUGGAAUAGUCAAGAAAAAAUAUACACAACAUGAGUUUUAUCAUGAAGCUUCACAGACACUUUCAAAGGACUGUCAUUCUGCUUGCCACUUUUUGUAUGGUGAGCAUUAUUAUUUCUGCUUACUAUCUGUACAGUGGCUACAAACAGGAAAAUGAACUCUCUGAGAUGGCUUUAGAAGUAGACUGUAGUGACCUGCAACACCUACCAUAUCGGCUAAUGGAAGUGAAGACAACAAAGCUCUUUGAUGCCUCAAGGACAGAUCCCAUAGUCCUGGUGUUUGUAGAAAGCCAGUACUCAUCCCUUGGUCAAGACAUAAUUAUGAUUCUAGAAUCAAGCAGAUUCCAAUAUCACAUUGAAAUUGCUCCUGGAAAAGGAGAUCUCCCAGCACUUAUAGACAAAACUAAAGGCAAAUACAUUCUCAUCAUUUAUGAGAAUAUUUUAAAGUAUAUUAAUAUGGACUCUUGGAAUCGAAGCCUUCUAGAUAAAUACUGUUUGGAAUAUGGUGUGGGUGUUAUUGGAUUCCACAAAACUAGUGAGAAGAGUCUACAGAGCUUUCAGUUAAAAGGUUUCCCUUUUUCCAUAUAUGGAAACCUUGCAGUAAAAGAUUGUUGUAUUAAUCCUCACUCUCCAUUGCUUCAUGUGACCAAGUCUUCUAAGCUCGAAAAAGGCUCUUUACCUGGAACCGACUGGACAGUUUUUCAGAUUAAUCACUCAGCUUACCAACCAGUAAUAUCUGCCAAAGUAAAGACCCCAGAAAACUUUUCUCCUCCCAUCUCUAAAGGUGCUUUUUAUGCCACUAUCAUACAUGACUUGGGGCUUCAUGAUGGAAUUCAGAGAGUUCUCUUUGGCAACAACUUAAACUUUUGGCUACAUAAGCUCAUCUUUGUAGAUGCCAUCUCCUUCUUGUCAGGGAAGAGACUGACAUUGUCCUUGGACAGGUAUAUUCUCGUGGACAUUGAUGAUAUAUUUGUGGGGAAGGAGAGAACAAGGAUGAACACCAACGAUGUUAAGGCCCUGCUUGAUACUCAGAAUCUUUUACGUGCACAAAUCACAAAUUUUACAUUCAACCUGGGAUUUUCAGGGAAAUUUUACCAUACAGGAACUGAAGAGGAAGAUGAAGGGGAUGACUGUCUGUUGGGAUCUGUGGAUGAGUUCUGGUGGUUUCCUCACAUGUGGAGUCAUAUGCAGCCCCACCUCUUUCAUAAUGAGUCAUCUUUGGUGGAGCAGAUGAUUCUCAACAAAAAAUUUGCCUUAGAGCAUGGCAUUCCUACUGACAUGGGCUAUGCAGUAGCCCCACAUCAUUCAGGUGUCUAUCCUGUACAUGUUCAGCUUUACGAGGCUUGGAAGAAAGUUUGGAAUAUUAAAAUCACCAGCACUGAAGAAUAUCCACAUCUGAAACCAGCUAGAUAUCGGAGAGGAUUCAUCCACAAAAACAUCAUGGUUCUUCCAAGACAGACCUGUGGGCUUUUCACUCACACAAUUUUCUACAAAGAAUAUCCAGGAGGCCCUAAAGAGCUGGACAAAAGUAUUCAAGGAGGUGAACUUUUCUUCACUGUUGUACUCAACCCAAUCAGUAUUUUCAUGACUCAUUUGUCCAACUAUGGGAAUGACCGACUGGGAUUAUAUACAUUUGUUAAUCUGGCCAACUUUGUACAGACCUGGACCAACCUGCGUCUUCAGACUCUGCCUCCAGUGCAACUAGCUCACAAGUAUUUUGAGCUGUUUCCUGAUCAGAAAGACCCUCUCUGGCAGAAUCCAUGCGAUGACAAACGCCACAGAGACAUUUGGUCUAAAGAAAAAACCUGUGAUCGCUUACCAAAAUUCUUGGUAAUAGGACCCCAGAAAACUGGUACCACUGCUUUGUAUUUGUUCCUGGUUAUGCAUCCUUCCAUCCUUAGUAACUCCCCCAGCCCAAAAACCUUUGAGGAGGUACAGUUCUUUAAUAGAAAUAACUACCACAGGGGGAUUGAUUGGUACAUGGAUUUCUUUCCAGUUCCAUCGAAUGUCACCACUGACUUUCUGUUUGAGAAGAGUGCAAAUUACUUCCACUCUGAGGAAGCUCCUAAAAGAGCUGCUUCCCUUGUCCCCAAAGCCAAGAUCAUCACCAUUCUCAUUGACCCGUCAGACCGAGCAUAUUCCUGGUAUCAGCAUCAGCGAUCACAUGAAGACCCUGCAGCUCUAAAGUUCAGCUUCUAUGAAGUCAUCUCUGCCAGGCCCCAUGCACCCUCGGAACUCAGAACCUUGCAGAAGAGAUGUUUGGUUCCUGGGUGGUAUGCCAGUCACAUCGAGAGAUGGCUUGUUUAUUUCCCCCCCUUUCAGUUGCUAAUUAUCGAUGGGCAGCAGCUAAGAACUGAUCCAGCUACAGUGAUGGAUGAAGUUCAGAAGUUUCUAGGAGUCUCUCCUCACUAUAAUUACUCAGAAGCGUUAACAUUUGAUUCUCAUAAAGGCUUCUGGUGUCAGUUACUGGAAGAAGGUAAAACAAAAUGCCUUGGAAAGAGUAAAGGAAGAAAAUACCCUCCAAUGGAUUCUGAUAGCAGAGCAUUUCUGUCAAGCUACUACAGAGAUCACAACGUGGAACUCUCAAAGCUGCUUCACAAACUGGGGCAGCCUCUGCCAUCCUGGCUGAGACAGGAGCUGCAGAAAGUGAGAUAGCACUGAGGAAAAACUUCUUGGGAAUUCAUCUUCCAUGUAAUAACAUACACCUUUUCCAAAGCUUCCAGAGCUACCAAAAGGCUAUCAAAAUAUAUACCUCUUCAAGCAAGAAAAAGAACAAAGUUCCUUCCAUGUGCUGGCAUGUGGAUGCUUAGGGAAAGAAAAAAAUACCUGUUACAAGCCUUGAGGCCUGUGGCCCUCCUCGUAACCCAUACCUGAGCCUGUGGGAUUACUGUAGAUUGCUGUGCACUCAUGUGGAAGUCAGUAGCAAUCAACAUACAUAACAAACGUAAAUACAAAAUAUUCAUUUCAUAGUGACAUUUACACUUUUGUAUAUCAACUAAGAUUGAGUCUGUACAUUUUUAGACCACUGUUUGCCUGUACAUUUUCUUAUUCUUUGAUUUUAUAAAGUGUCCUACAAACAAGAACUAAAAUGAACAUCACAAUGUAACAUAAAAUUCCAAAAGCAUAACAUUCGUGAAAAAUGCUUGCCAACAUCUAACUUCACUGAAGUAUUUAGAAAAAAUGUAAAUUAUAAUUUCUGUUAGACCAGAGAAAGGAAAAGUUAUAUAUGAGCUUUAUCUGUGUCAAAAAAGACAAGUGCUAAAAAAGUGGGUUUUUUCACAUAUAUAGUCUAGUGCAUUUGUGUAAAAAUGACUAAAGCUUCCAUCAUAAUGUAACUGUUAUACUGAAAUGUAUAUACAUAGUAAACCUGUCAGAUGGUAAAUAGAAACACACUGAGUAUACCAAAACAGUAAAUAAUAAUGUAAAUGUACCGACUAAAUCUUCUAAAAAGGAGAAAUGUUAGGGAUCUCAAGAUAUAUUACUGAGAAUUGUAUGCCCACUUGUUGUAAGCUGUAAAUCUACUGCAGUAGUCCUCCCUAGUUCUACCAAAAUGUAUUCAUGGAGUCUGAAGAAUGUAUCAUCUCUGGAAAGAGAUGAACUUUUAAAUAUGAAUGACUUUUUUUAUGUACCCCAGAAUAAAACUUACUAAAUGAAAACUAAGGGCAGUUUCCCUAGAUGACCUGUUCAGGCUCUUCACAUUUAAGUUAUUGAAAAAUCACAUAUUCCCAUAUAGCUCAGAAUAAAAUUGUAUAAUGUACAGGUUUAUAACAAAAAAUUAAUAUAUGAUUUGUUAUCCAAUAUUUGAAAUGGUAACUUUUGAUACAAAGCAGUGAAAAUAAGUAGGAUAAAGUCCCAUUUUUUGAGAAUAUUUCAUACAUCACUCUCAUGGAAGAAAAUACAAUACAGUUAAAUUUCUAGAUUGUCUACUAAAUUAAAUGGAGGAAGUAAAAAAAUUAGCAAAGCAUGGUUCUCAAAAUAUAUUUACACUUACAUUUUAAAGGGUAUGUAUGACUAAUAAAGUAUUCAAAAAAAAUAAGGCAUACUUAUUUUCCCGUGUUAAUGUUUACUUAAUUUUUAAAUAUACUUUACACAUAAAUUUGCCUAAUUUUAAGUAGGAAGUAAAUUCCAUGCUAUUGUUACUUAGCUUUUAUAAUAUAGUACUAAAGGUAUAAUUAGAAAAAAUGAUAUGUAAGGAAAAUCUAUAGCUAAAUAUUUCCAUUGUCAUUAUACGUGAAGUUAAACUCUAUCAAUUAUUUACUAAUUAGCAGGCAAGCUAUGAUAUCUUUCUACUCACUGUUUUAGUGAACAUUGUAAUUAUUAAUUAAAUUUUUUAAAGUUUUAUGUACCCAAAGAAUACACUAAUUUUUAAAACAAACAUUGGAAAUAUUUGGGGGAAAAGACAAUUUUUAAGACCCCCAACUAAAAUCAAACUCAAAAUCAUUUGGGCAAAUGUAGUAGACUCAACUUUCAUGCUUACUACUGUCUCUUUUUGAGGCAGCACAACCCGAACAUACUAGGAUAGUCAUUCAUCAUUAAUUUAAGAGAACAUAUCUAACCCUACAAGGGUUACAUACAUUAAGCAGUGUUUCUGCUGAUAAGGAAAAAAGGAAAGGAAAAAUGUUACAUGUAUACUGAAAGAUGAGAUAUACAUUUGAACUUCUAAGUAAAAUUGCUGAUGACAUUCUUUUGUGUAGGCAAAUUGAGUUGACUGAAUAACUCAUCUUUUAAAAGAAAUGUUACAAAGAUACUCAGUGUUUAUAUAAUGAAUGGAGAAAAAGGACGAGACAGUACCAAAAUUUACUUUUCAUGAGUACAUGUUUGAUGGUACAGAAAGCAACAAAAGCUUUGAAAGGAUUUUUGAUUACUUAGUAUGUCUUGGAGACAGCAUCAAGUUCUAGGAUCAUGCAUAGGUUUUUAUGCUAUACUCCACCUGAUUAUUAUGCUAUUUUGAAAGUAACAAAAUAAACAUGAGAAAAAAUGGGAAAUAAUGUGAUUUAAAAUAGCUUUGUAUAGAAUUCCCUUUUUCAUUGCUUAAAAUAUGAAACUUCCUCAGGAAGAAAUGAAAUGGUUAUUUCAAUGUUUAUAGUUAUAAUAUUCUUGUCAUUCACAUUGAAUGAAAAUUACUGGAAAGUUUUUUUUCUCUGAGUUUUUUAAAAGAACAAAUCUGGAUAUAAUUCUGGUAGUGGCAUGGUACCUCAUAUGUGCAACAAUAAACUCUGAUAAGAAAAUGAAGAUUUGGGGCCUACUAAUUUUAGGUAAUAAGGAAGUGUUCGAUUGUUUUUGCCUUGGGGCAGUGGAAAGUUGUUAUAAAACAUAGAUACCACAAGUAUAAUUUAAAAUGGAGGGAUGGAAGAAAAGCUUCCAAGUGGGAAACAUAAGGUUUUUUUAUUUAAUUUAAACUUUCAAAGAUCUUUUUAAAGUUAAAUGUUCUUUUUUGUUUGUUUUUAGUUCUAACAGAUGUAAAGCAGGACCUAUAUCCAUGGGGCCCUAGAAUAAGAGAACUAGAGAACCACUUAGCUGUUGCUUAACAGACUUAAAAACUUGAAUGGUUAAAGAAUUUCUGAUUUCCAGUACUCUAUUCUGCUCCCCACAAAUGGGGCGUAUUUUUGAGCCUUAAUAGUUGUUAAUUAGUCUAUAUUUAUAAAAAUCUAGGAAACAAUUUCUAGCCCCCCAAAAAAGGAGGGGGACACUUUCAUUCUUCACAAACUUUCUUUUCUCUAUUCCAAUCCUUUCCCUUUGUUUACAUCAAAUUUUCUUAUGUUGCAACCCAUCUUGUCUUGGUUCAUCAAAUAAAUUUCCCAUAGACUUCUGUCCCACAUAUGUUGCUACUAUCUGGAAUACAUCUUACUGUCAGUUUUCUUUCCAAAAUGCCAUCUUUUGUUCUGUCUACUCCAAGAUCAACCAGUGAUAAGUAAACCAAUCCAUCAAUGUUAGUGUGCUACAGUGACAUAAUAUUAUGCUUUCCAGAGAUAUCAGCCCUGCACUUUCCAAGAAAUACAUUUUAAGCCCUAAGCAAUGACUCACUAAUGGGCAAGCAAUGAACUGGUCAAAUAUUUUGGUAUGAAAGCACUUCUUUAAUUUCAAAUUACACUCUAUAGCUAAGUUCUGUUUUGCUGAAGCUAGUUGUGAUUGAUUACCAUAUGCAACAUAGCUACUUCUUUCUUUCUGUCUAUAUCCUCAACCUCCUUCUUACAGAGAGAGAGAGAGAGAGAGUCAUUUCCAAGCAGGAGUCAUGGUAGCAAUCAUGGUGCAUAGUCCCUUCAGCAUUAUUUCUGGGUUAGCAUGGACUGUUCAUCAUCUUUUCACUUACUUUAUACAAGAACUGACUAAAUUUCAUAAUCGGGAAUUUGGCCUUUCAGAAUGAAGGCUAAAAACAGAGGGAUGGUGAAUUUUAUGUCACCUUCAUUGGGCCAGAUUAAAUAUUAUUUCUGGGCAUGUCUGAGAAGAUGUUUCUGGAUGACAUGGUAUUUGAAUUAGUGAACUCAGUGAAGUACAUGCCCAAUGUGGGUGUGCAUCAUUCAACUCACUGAGAGCCUAAAUACAACAAAAGGUGGAGGAAAAACGAAUGCUCCUUUUUUUUUUUAUCUGCCUCACUAAUUGACCUGGAAUAUGUCAUCUCAUUUUUGUGAGGUUAGAAUUUAUACCAAUGGCUCUCUUUGUUCUCAGGCCCCCAGUCUCAGUCUGAAUCAUAUCACUGUCUUCACGCAAUCUCCAGCUUUCAGAUAGCAGAUUACAGGACGUCUCAGCAUCUGUAAGCCUGUGAUCCAACCUCUCAUAGUAAAUCAGACAGAUAUUUAAGCAGUGCUGUUACUCUGGGGAACCCUGGUGGAUAUACUGUGUGACAUAGAUUCCAUUCCCAAGAAAAUCUAGAAUCUACUUUGUAUAAGCCUCUCAUCUGUGGCCAAGAGUACCUAAUAGAAUUGAGGGAUACUUUCUUCCCAUCCAGUGCUACUACUAGUUAUUGUCAUUUAAUGUCCAGGUUUUUCUCCAUAAGAGUUUUUCUCCAUUUUAGGUACACAAUAUAAUUACAUUCAUCAUUGGAAAUUUGUACCUUUACAUAAUCUAUUUUGGUUCUUAUUUUUCCCCAUCCCCCUGCCCU